CUGAAUAUAAAAUAACAAACCCGUUAAAAUAGAAAAACCGAAUACUUUCACUGGAAAUUUAUAAUGAAUAUACCAUACAUUAUGUCGUACGAGGAUCAGGCGGUCGACGCUGUGGUGUCCGUGCUCAAUAGAGCAAGGGAGACUCUCGGGGAGCGGCAGACGCUGAAACAGUUUGCUGCAAGUCGCGACGGCUUCUCUCCAAAAGCGAAGGUGGCCCUAACAACCCUCAAAUGCCCUUUAGUGAUCACAAGUGAAGAACUGAUAAGAAACGCUAUCGAGAAGAAAUGGAAUCUCACGGACGAUUUAAUGUACUUUCUAAAGUACAUUGGCAGUUCUAAAGACGAAUGCUCUCAGUACUAUUAUUUCGAGGCUGUCUUCAGCCAGCCGACGCCCGAAUAUCCAAUACCUCAGGCUACGGCAUCGGUAUUCUUCAGAGUAGAAGACAGGCAAAUAGAUCCACCGGAGUUCAGAGGAGUGCCGACGAUGACGUUCAGGAUCGAAGGCCAUCGCGUUGACCACGAUGUGCGCUUCGUGAUGUUGGUACCCGACUGGAUCCUCGCUGUCAUACAGAUGAAAAUUAAACUCUUUAGACGAAUCGAGGGGAUUUACAUGUUUUGACUAUAAUUUAUUUGUAUGAUGAUCAUUGUUGUUGUAUUGUUAUGUGAAUUCAUUUUAAUUGGCAUCUAUUAUAGUAAAUAUAUUUUUAUAGCCACGGUCAAACUUACCUGCGUCUGCGUGUAAUCUCAAUAUACGCCAGAUUGCGCAAAA